UUUUCGAAUAAUUAUGCUUUUGCGCUUGAUUUGAUUCUGGUACUGUAACGUUGGUAACGCGGUGUACACAUGAUGAUGAUGAUGAAUUAUGACGUAAUACAUGUAAAAAGUAGGGAAAACAAGACAUGCUCUCUUGAUCUUGUCAAUUGUAUCAAUCAUAUUCAACAGUCAUUAGAUCGUGAAAUGAUUCUUAACGGUCCUGAUUAUUUAAGUGGACUAUUUCGCUUAACACCUCAACUAAUACAAUCGAAAGUUUCUGUAGAACAUAAACGACCAAGACGAUCAACCUCACCUAGUCAACAAUGCAAUCCAUGUCAUAUGACAUCACAUGGUCAUAGUCAAUCCUUAUUCGAUGAUUCAAAUUCUCAAGAAUCCUUACAUUUCACUUCUCCUAAAAUUCAAAAUGCGUUAAAUGAUAAAAUCCCAUUAUGUAUUGUUACACCAAUUGAUAACAUGUUAUCCUCCUCAUCAUCACCGACAUCUUCGUCAUCUUGUGUUGAAACAAGCAAAUUUGGACUACCUCUUCUUCAUUCAACAACAUCUUGUACAAAACAUGAAAACAGUUACAAUACUGAUUGUUUUCAUUCGCUGACAGCUAAAUCUAAGCAUAGACUGGGAAUUAGUCAAUUGGCACCAUCAGUGUUGAAAGCGCGUAAAGAUAAAUUGUUCGUUGAAUAUCAGACAGCCAUUGAACAAAUCACUUGUAUUGAUAUUCCACCGGAAUAUAAUGAGAAAUUAUUAUCUUUAUUGAAGUAACGUGUCUUGUGCUUUUAUAUAUCUUUGAUAUCUUUUCUGUUUUUUGAUAAUUUGUG